GAAAAUACAUCGUCUCCUUCUUCUUCCUCUUCUCUCUCUUCUUCCUCUGAGUACAUAACUCUCUCUCUCUCAUAUUGUUCUUCAUCUCUCUCUCUCUUCCUUGAGAGUUUUCUCUCUCUACAAGAACUGAUUUGAUUAUCAUAUUUUCUCUAUUAACAUUCCAUUAGCACAUUUACAGCCUCUUCCGACCUUUAAAACACAGGUUUUGUUUCACGUUCAUACAAAUUACUGUCAAUCGUCUACGACAACUUCUGCUUCUGGUUUACUCAAGAGAUCUUCAUCGUCUUUCUUUGAUUGUAAAUUUCUGGAUAGUGUCGAGAGCUUUUUAUUAGUCUGGACCGAGGAAUGAUUUGUUGAAGAUUUAAAGAGAGCUAAUUACGAAGAUGAAGAGGUCUAGAGAUGAUAAUUACACGCCUGCGCUACGCCCCGCCAUACCAGCCCUUGCCGAACCCUCGGGGACAACUCAAAUUAUCAUUGGGGCGCAGAAACUAACGACAACCGAUGCAUUGGGAUAUCUCAAGGCUGUCAAGGACAUAUUUCAAGACAAUAAAGGGAAAUAUGAUCAGUUUCUUGAUGUCAUGAAAGAUUUCAAGGCUCAGAGAACUGACACGACUGGGGUUAUAGCUAGGGUGAAAGAAUUAUUCAAAGGACAUCGUGACCUAAUUCUCGGAUUCAAUACAUUCUUGCCAAAGGGACAUGAAAUCACCCUUCCACCUGAGGUUACUGUGAAAAAGCCUGUUGAAUUCGAAGAAGCAAUCAAUUUUGUGAACAGGAUUAAGACUAGGUUUCAAGGUGAUGAUCAUGCGUAUAAAACUUUUCUUGAUGUAUUAAACAUGUAUCGAAAGGAUACCAAAUCAAUUACUGAGGUCUACCAGGAGGUUGCAACUCUCUUGCGUGAGCAUCACGACCUGCUCGUGGAGUUCACUCAUUUUCUACCUGAUCCUUCUGCUGCAGCCACUCUUCCCUUUGGUCCUUCAGGUAGAAAUUCCAUUUUCCAUCGCGAGGAUAGGAGCUCGCCAUUGGCCACUAUGAAGCAUAUGCACAUUGACAGAAAGCCUACUGCUCUACACAUUGAGCGUGAUCUUAGUGUUGAUCGACCAGAUAUAGAUUGUGAUAAGUCGCUUCUUAGAGCUGAUAAAGAGCAACGAAGGCGCAACGAAAGAGAAAAGGAGAGAAGGGAUGAAAGAGACUUGAGGGAUCACGAGCAAGAUGAAACUUAUUACACAAACAAUAGGAAAACUAAUAGGCGGAGAGAUGAUUCGAUAAAUGACCAGUUGCACCAGAAUGGAGAAAGCAUGGAUAAUUUUGGGACGCGCAAUGGUUCAUCAUCUUUUGAUGAGAAAAAUGCAUUGAAAAGCAUAUACAGCCAAGAGUUUGCCUUCUGUGGAAAAGUCAAAGAGAAAUUAUACUCUACUGAUGGUUACCAUGCCUUUUGCAAGUUUCUUGACAUGCAUAAAAGAGAAUUGAUCACGCGGUCUGAGUUGAAAAAUUCGGUUAGCGAUUUACUUGGUGAACAUCCUGACCUUAUAGAGAGGUUUAACGAGUUCUUAUCUGGCUGCGAAAAGAUUGAUGGUUUUCUUGCUGUUGCUGGCGUUGUAAAUAAAAGAUCUGAGUUUCCUAGAUCAGUUAAAGCAGAAGAAAGGGAUAGAAAUCGGGAUCACGACCUAGAUGAUAGAGACAGAGAUAGAGAUCGUGAAAAUAGAGGAAGGGAUAGAUCAGAGAGGGUCUUUGGCAAUAAAGAUGUAACUGGCCAUAAAAUGUUAUGUUCCAGCAAGGAUAAGUAUAUAGGAAAGCCCAUCCAAGAACUAGAUCUCUCCAACUGUGAGCGUUGCACUCCAAGUUACCGUCUUCUGCCUAAGGAUUAUCCAAUUCCUCAGGCAAGUCACAGGACAAAACUUGGUUCUGAAGUACUGAAUGAUCAUUGGGUCUCAGUUACUUCGGGAAGCGAGGAUUACUCUUUCAAACACAUGCGCAAAAAUCAGUAUGAAGAGAGCUUGUUUCGAUGUGAAGAUGAUAGGUUUGAACUGGAUAUGUUAAUGGAGUAUGCGAAUGUGACAAGUAAGCGUGUUGAAGAUCUUCUAGACAAAAUGAAUGACAACACAAUUAGAACAGACGUUCCUUUCCGUGUGGAAGAGCAUUUUACACCUCUCAAUCUAAGAUGCAUGGAACGCAUAUAUGGUGACCAUGGUCUUGACGUCUUGGACAUAUUAAAGAAGAAUUCACAUCUUGCUUUACCUGUUAUAUUAACACGUUUGAAGCAGAAACAGGAGGAGUGGGCUAGAUGCCGGUCUGAUUUUAAUAAUGUUUGGUCUGAAAUAUAUGCUAAGAACUAUCAAAGAUCACUUGAUCACCGAAGCUUUUACUUCAAACAGCAGGACACUAAGAACUUGACCACAAAAGCCUUUCUGAAUGAGAUCAAAGAGAUCAGCGAUAGGAAGCGCAAGGAAGAAGAUGUGAUGCUUGCAACUGGAAAUGGAAGAGCACCUCUAUCUCACCUGGAGUUUGAAUACUCUGAUUUAGGCAUACAUGAAGAUCUAUAUCAGCUUGUCAAGUAUUCUUGUGGGGAAGUUUGCACAAAUGAUCAAUUGGACAAGGUUAUGAACAUUUGGACAAAUUUCUUAGAACCAUCGUUUGGAGUUUCCCGCCCUGAGGCUAAUGAAAAUGUUUUAAAGUCUAAGAAUCAGAAAAGCAGGAGUAGUUCUGUUAUAAAUAUUGGAGGAAACCAUAGUAGGCACGAUGGUUUUGUUGCAAUUACAGCUACUAAGUUAAACCAUUCCAGAAAUACUGAUGGAAGUCCUCCCCUUGAACAAUCAAGCUCAUGCCAAGUGGGGUCAACAAAGGCUUAUAAUGGGGUUAAAGACGUGACUUCCUGUGAUAUAAAUAAUACACAGAGCAGUAAUGCUCCAAAAGAUACAGUGCCUGAGCCAAUCAAGCAAGCACUUUCAAGUGAACAUAUGGGUGACUCAAGUUUGCUUCCGAUUGCAAGAACAGAGGAAAGCUUUAGGGCAGAAAAUGCAUCAGGGGUUUGUGGUACUAUGAGCGGAUAUACAAAUCCUGCCUCUAUGGAAAAAGGCAUGAAGACAAAGGAUUUUGACAAAAUUCCACCUUUAUCAGCAGUUACUGAUUGCACAAGACCACCGUCUGCAAAUAGCCCAACAGUGGGACAUGCUAAAGCUCAUAAGUCCCCAGAAAAAUCAUUUGGGAACAUCAAACCAGAAAAAGAGGAAGGUGAAUUGUCUCCAAACUGUGAUUUUGAGGAAGAUAAUUUUACUGCUUAUGGGGAUGAUAUAGAAGAAGCAGCAGCACAUGUACCAGAGGAUGAUGCAGGUAACAGGCAAGUAAUAGAAGAAACAUGCAGAAGCAGAGGUGGAGAAAAUGUUGCUGAUGUUGUUGACAAUGGUGAGGGUAGUGCUCACAGGUCAUCAGAAGGCAUCGAGAAUGCUUCGGAGAAUGGUGUUGUUUCAGCUAGUGAAUCUGCUGAUGGUGAAGGUUGCUCCCUUGAUGAGGAUGAUAAUAAGGCUGAAAGCGAAGGUAAGGCUGAAAGGAUAGGUGAAGAAACACACGUUGUUGAAGGAGAUGGAGCAUUGUUGCCCUUUUCUGAGCGUACUCUACAAAAUGUGAAGCCUUUCACAAAACAUGUUUCUCCAGCUUCCUCAAGCGAUAGUGAUUCUCACAUCUUUUAUGGAAAUGAUUCCUUCUAUACGCUCUUCAGGCUUCAUCAAACGUUAUACUCGCGAAUACAAUCUGCAAAACUUAAUUCUUCAUCUGUUGAUAAUAAAUGGAGGGGGGGCUCAAAUGAAACAAGUCCAACCGAUCUAUAUGCCAGAUUCAUGAGUGCACUUUACCAGUUACUUGAUGGGUCGUCUGAUAAUACAAAAUUUGAAGAUGUUUGCCGUUCCAUCAUUGGAACUCGGUCGUAUAUUCUUUUCACUUUAGACAAGUUGAUAUUCAAGCUUGUCAAACAGCUUCAAUCUGUCGUAGCCGAUGAGAUGGACAAUAAAGUUCUACAGCUUUUUUCAUAUGAAAGAUCCAGAAAUCCCUGGAAAUUUGUUGACUCGGUUUAUCGUGAAAAUGCUCGUGUUCUCCUUCACGAUGAGAAUAUUUAUCGAAUCGAAUGUUCAAAUACACCAAACCGUUUGUUAAUAGAGCUUAUGGACAAUGCGCAUGAGAAACCCGAAUUGACAGGCAUCUAUAUGGAUACCAGUUUUGCAUCUUAUCUACAAAAUGACUUUUUGUCCCUUGUUCCCGAUAACUCGAAAGAGAAAUCAUGCAUUUUCUUGAGAAGAAAUAAGCGCAAAAAAGAAUCAUGCAAUGCUACCGAGGAUGUCAAAAUUGUUAAUGGUUUGGAGUGCAAGAUAUCCUGCAUUUCUUCAAAGGUCUCUUACGUUUUAGACACCGAAGACUACUUGUUUCGACAGAGAAUGAAAGAAAGAAAGUUGAAUCCUCCUAGUUCAUGCAAUGAAGAGUUAAAGUCCCCCAACAGUUUUAGUACAUUUCUUGCUGGUUCAUAAAAUAUGCAUAAAAUAGAUGAUAUGGUUGCCCCCAUAGAGUUUGUUUGUUUUCACAAGUAUAAUAAAUAAGCAAGUUAUAGCCGAAGGCCCCGUUUGGAUGGAACAAAUUUGUUGUAUACAGUUGCUCUCCCAUUUCUUGGAGCUUUGAUGAUCUUCAUCAUGUAAAUAUAGGGAAUUUGCCUAAAAAAAAGGACAUUCUUUUACCCUUUUAUCAAAUAUUUCUUAUAACAUCCUUGUUAUUUUCUUUUUUGUUUCA